AUGGAGGCAUUAAAAUCGCUUACGAGCUUCACCGACAGGUUUUACGAACAAAUAUUAAAUGAAAGUCAUGGUCAGUGGGAAAAUACUUUUCUCUCCCCGUUCAAUAUCUAUACUGCCCUCGGAAUGGUUCUUUCUGGCAGCGAAAACAAUACGAAAGCCGAGAUGAUAAGAGCGAUGCAAUUGUCUGAUUGUUUAGAACACGAUCAAGUUCAUUGUGAAAUUGCUCAACUUCUGAAUGAUUGUUCGAAACCUAGUAAAGGUGUUGAGAUAAUCCUUGCUAAUAGAUUGUUCGUUGCACAAAAUGUGAGUAUCCAAGAGCAGUUCAAAGCUAAUCUGAAGACAAACUACAAUGCUCCAACAGAACAUGUGGCAUUUGAGACUGACAUAGAAGGUUCUCGAAACCGGAUAAACCAGUGGGUCAGUGAACAAACUAAAGGACAAAUUCAAGAACUCAUUUCACCCGGUUCAUUAACAAACGACACUUCUGCUGUAGUAACAGCUACUACAUACUUCAAAGGUAUGUGGGAUUUGUCUUUCCCUGAGGAUAACUCACACACUAGCGAGUUUUAUGAACUAAACGGAUCAAAAAUGAGUGUGAAGUUGAUGCAUAACGAAUCGUAUUUCAAUAUGGCCAGUUUACCCCACUUAAAGUCACGAGCUGUUAAAAUACCAUUUAAAAACCCGAAGUUUACGUUAUUAGUUGUUCUUCCAGAUGUAAAUAACGGAUUGCCAGAUUUGCUGGAUUCGAUGUAUAAACAUGGUGGAAUUUCUUCAAUACUAUCCAGUAGUUUUCAAAAUACGAAAUUGCAGUUGUAUUUGCCUAAAUUUAAAUUGAGAGAAGGCCGUGCCUUAAAACUGAAAGAUCAUCUACGGAAAUUGGGAAUAAACGAUGCAUUCUGUCCUUUAUCAGCUGACUUUUCAAAUGUUUCUAACUCAUAUCGAAUGUUUAUAUCAGAUGUGAUGCAUAAAGCUAUUUUUGAGGUAGAUGAGAAAGGUGCAGUGGCGGCUGCAGCUACAGCAACACAAAUGGUUCGAUGCACAGCUUUUAUAUCUCACAAACCUGUACCGGAAUUUCGUGUUAAUCAUCCAUUCUUCAUUUCAAUUAUUUGGAAUGAUUCGUUACCAGUAUUUCUUGGACAUGUUACAUCACCAUUGAAUCACUGAGAUGAAAAAACACUGUCAUUGAAGUUUACAAGAAAUAAUUUCUCUGGGAUUAAAAUAUUUUAAUUCUUUUUUCUUUUAAUUUAUCAAAUUGCCUACUCAUAGUUUCGUUAUUCAUAUAUAAAUAGACUACUUACUUACUUACGCCUGCUACUCCCAAUGGAGCAUUGGCCGCCGACCAGCAUUCUCCAACCUACUCUGUCCUGGGCCUUCUUUUCUAAUUUUAUCCAGUUCUUAUUCAUUCACUCCGCCUGUAGCUCCUACGCGGGCUACUACCGGUCCCCAAUCCCGGGUAAAGGAGGAGGGUUGGACAUGGGGUUAGUGACCUCAUCCCAUAGAAUACCAACUCGCUAAAAAAACGCGAACAAGAAAAAAUUAUUCAUAUAUAAAACUAACUAAUAAUAAUUUUAAUGAGAGAGUUCCUUUCCCUUUUACUUCUGUG